AUGUCCGAGCUCCCAGCAGCUCGCGUGACGGCAGCAAGACCUUUUUCUCGAGUGGGCAUUGAUUACUGGGGACCCAUACAGCUACAACCACGGCACCGGCGCGACGCUCCAAUCAAAGCAUAUGUAGCCGUGUUUGUAUGUUUUGCGAGCAAGGCAGUUCAUCUCGAACUGGUCGCUAACCUAACUACGGCCAAAUUUCUGCAAGCCUUUCGACGUUUCGUGGCUCGCCGAGGCCUUUGCUCCGAUGUUUAUACCGAUAAUGGUAAGAACUUCGUGGGCGCAGCGAAUGAACUCAAACGACUAGUACGGAGUAGGGAGCACAAAGAUCGGGUGGCUCAGGAGUGCACGGAAAACGGCAUCCGUUGGCACUUCAACCCUCCGAAGGGGUCUCAUUUCGGUGGGCUUUGGGAGGCGGCAAUAAGAUCGGCUCAAAAACACUUUGUACGGGUCUUGGGAUCACGACUGGUAGCAUACGACGACAUGGAGACUCUAUUGGCCCAAAUUGAGUGCUGCCUCAAUUCCCGUCCUCUCACUCCUAUGAGCGAGGACCCUUCUGACCUCGAUCCAUUGACCCCGGGUCAUUUUCUUGUGGGCUCGGCAUUGAAGGCAGUUCCGGACGUUAGCGUUCUAUCGGUCCCGUACAACCGGUUGACCCAGUGGCAACAAACUCAGAAGGCGUUUCAGGACAUUUGGAACCGCUGGCACCUGGAAUACUUGGCUACUUUACAGCCGAGAGCCAAGUGGUGCAAUCCUCCAGUAAAAAUUGACCGGAAUCGUCUGGUCAUCAUCAAGGACGAAAAUCUGCCACCGUUGCAGUGGCCAACAGGAAGAAUCCACGAACUCCACCCGGGAAAAGACGGCAUAGUGCGGGUAGUCACGCUUCAAACCGCGAGAGGAUUUGUCACCCGACCGGUGGCAAAACUUUGCCUUCUACCUGUUCCUGUUUCAUCCAACUAA